AUGCAGCUGUACUGCCGCAGCCAGCCCUUAUUAGAUAUUUUAGCAAGAUUAUCAAGGCAAAGACUAAAUGAAUACAUAAAAGACACUGGGAAAGGGAUGACAAAUUUAGGGACAAAUAAGACACUGCCAAAGAAAGCCACCGAGAAUAUACCAACUCAAAUUUUGAACCCAAAACUUUAUUGUGUGCAAACUACAGCUUUAAAUGACAUCACUCUGGAUCCCAAAUUCGAGGAAGGGAUGUUGGUGUGGUGCAAGUAUCUGUACUGGCCAGUGGUGGUGAAAGCAGUGAAGGAGAAGCACCAGAGGGUCUGUGUGCUCUUCAUAGAUGGCACCACAAGAGAGGAAAAAGGUUUCUCAAUGUCUCUGAAGAGCCUGAAGCACUUCUACUGUGAGGAGAAGCAGAAGCUCAUUGAACAAACCAAGGAAAACUAUUCCAGGGAAAUUGAGUGGUGCCUCCAGCUGAUCCUGGACUAUGGGAUCCAAGUGGGCUGUCAUUCUUUCACCAGGUCCUUCCUGGAGUAUUUUGCUGCUGAUAUCAGCUACCCAGUGAGGAAAGAGGGAGACCAGAGUGUGGUGCAGAUGGCAUUCCCAAACACAGGGGAGGAAGGGGUUGGACAGCCUUCGUCAGACACCUCUCCUCAGAAACCCCUGAGGAAGCUCCUCCCUGACAGGACCAGAGCUGCCAGGGACAGGUAGAACAAGAAGCUGGUGGACUUCAUAGUGGAGAGCAAAGGGACUGAAGGGCAUCUCCUGAAGAUCUUGAAAACUGGGAAACAAUCCUGCUGGCUGAAGAAAUUCCUGAACUCCAGCUGGCACAUGACCUGUGUGGAGACUUAUUUGGAGGAUGAGGAGCAGCUGGACCUGGUGGUUGGGUACCUGAAGGAGGUGUACAGGAAGAUGGACACCAAGAACCUGCACCAGAUCCUGGGGGAUGGCAUCAGAUUCAUCUCAGAUGUGCUUUUACCUGAGGCCAUCAUCUGUGCCAUUGCUGCCAUGGAUGACAUUGAUUAUGAGAAGGCAGAAGAGAAGUACAUUAAAGGACCACCUGUGAGCAAAAGAGAGAGAGAGUUGUUUGAUGAGCAAGUCCUGGGAAGCAAAACACUCAAGAUGAAGCUGGAGACUGUGGCGAGCUGAGG